CACUUGUAAUUUCGUUGAACCGAAUAAUCAAAAACACUUUUGGUUAAACAGAGGGAAUAGCCUUUCGCUGAACCAUACCAACAAAAGCACCAACUUGGCAAAGGCCUAACCUUUGGCAUCCGUCAAAAGGCUCAAACAUUUCGAACAAUUUGUCCUUAAACACUCUUCUUAAGCGCAAUUAUCAGAUUAACAUCAAAACCAAACCCAUCUUACUAACUUGUCUUAAAUCAAUUCGAAGAUGUCAUCGUCUCUCUCCCGCCCUUCCUAUUCUUCCUCCUCCCGCACCUCGUCUCCUUUCUUCCCGAAUCACUCUUCCCUCAUCAAUGGCGGCACACGACGCUCACUCUCAUUCCUCUCCGCCUCUCCUCAGGAGCUAUGUCUUAGAUCGAAGAGGAAGUCCGUUCAGAGCUCUGUUGUAUUGCAAGAUGGGGCAGUAGUAGUCACGAACUCGAGCCCAAUUGAGAAACUUAAAGACGGACUUUUAUCGGUUCCGUCACAAGAAGUUGUGGCAGAGCUUGGUGGCGGCGAACAUGAGUCAACAGUUAGUAUCACGGUGGUUGGAGCCUCUGGUGAUCUUGCCAAGAAGAAAAUCUUCCCAGCUCUUUUCGCACUUUACUAUGAAGGCUGUCUUCCUGAGCAUUUUACAAUAUACGGCUAUGCAAGGAGUAAGAUGACAGAUGGUGAACUUAGGCACAUGGUCAGCAAAACACUGACUUGUAGAAUUGACAAGAGGGCAAACUGCAAUGAAAAGAUGGAAGAGUUUCUCAAGAGAUGUUUUUACCAUACGGGUCAGUAUGAUUCUCAGGAACAUUUUGUUGCGUUGGACAAGAAGCUCAAGGAGCAUGAGGGUGGAAGACUAUCAAACCGCCUUUUUUACCUCUCAAUCCCUCCAAACAUCUUUGUCGACGCGGUGAAAUGUGCUAGCUCAUCUGCUUCAUCUCUCAGUGGGUGGACUAGGGUCAUCGUCGAGAAGCCUUUUGGCCGAGACUCCAAAACCUCAGCUGCUUUAACAAACUCCCUUAAGCACUACCUGGAGGAAGACCAAAUAUUCAGGAUAGACCAUUACUUAGGAAAGGAGCUAGUUGAGAACUUAUCAGUACUCCGAUUCUCAAAUCUCAUAUUCGAACCGCUAUGGUCAAGACAGUACAUACAGAACGUGCAGUUCAUAUUCUCUGAGGACUUCGGCACCGAAGGACGCGGAGGUUACUUUGACCAUUACGGAAUAAUAAGAGACAUAAUGCAGAAUCACCUCCUUCAGAUACUAGCUCUCUUCGCCAUGGAGACGCCUGUUAGUUUGGACGCAGAGGAUAUCAGAAACGAAAAGGUGAAAGUUCUGCGUUCGAUGAGGCCGAUACAGCUCGAAGACGUGGUGAUAGGACAGUACAAGGGGACUACCACCAAAGGAGGAGUCACUUAUCCAAGCUACACCGAUGACAAAACUGUGCCUAAAGAUAGCUUGACGCCGACGUUUGCUGCUGCUGCGCUCUUUAUAGAUAAUGCGAGAUGGGACGGUGUGCCUUUUCUGAUGAAAGCUGGGAAAGCAUUGCACACUCGGAGUGCGGAGAUAAGGGUGCAGUUUAGGCAUGUGCCUGGGAAUUUAUAUAACCGGAACUCUGGUGGUACUAAUCUUGACCGGACUACAAAUGAGCUUGUGAUCCGUGUUCAACCAGAUGAAGGCAUUUAUUUGAAAAUCAACAACAAGGUUCCUGGUUUGGGAAUGAGAUUAGACCAGAGUCAUUUGAAUCUUCUCUAUUCAGCACGGUAUUCAAAGGAGAUACCAGAUGCAUAUGAGAGGCUGCUGCUGGAUGCAAUAGAAGGUGAACGAAGGUUGUUUAUUAGAAGCGAUGAACUUGACGCUGCUUGGGCGCUUUUCACUCCGUUGCUCAAAGAGAUUGAGGAAAAGAAGAUGAUUCCAGAGUUGUAUCCUUACGGAAGUCGUGGUCCAGUUGGUGCUCAUUAUCUAGCCGCUAAACAUAAUGUUCAAUGGGGAGACUUUUAGUCUCGACCAGUGAAAGUGUGUAAGAGUUAGUUAAUCAACUUCUUUUUUUGUUCCGUAGAUCCACGUUUGAGUAUUCUCACUGAUUUGUGUUGGGGACAGAAAAUAUUUUUGAAUAAGAAGGGUUCCGAGGGACUGUAUCUUGAAUAAUAAGUAAAAGGGUUUCUCUUGGUAUGUUAUUGUUUCCACAAUUUUAAUUGAA